GCAAUUAUACUAGCCAUCUCUACUGUGCUGAUCACUGAUUGGUUUUCGUCGGAGAAAAAAAUUAAAAAAUAAAUAAAUAAUGGCUCGGUUUUUUCUGCUGCUCGUCGGGGUUCUGAUUGCCUGCGUCGCCGGAGCACGAGCCGGAUCGGAAAUCCUCGCCGAGGAUGUUAAUCCGAUCAGGCAAGUCGUCGACGGUCUGCACGCGCUCGAAACUUCCGUUCUGAAAAUCGUCGGCAACUCGCGACGCGCCUUCUCCUUCGCCCGAUUUGCUCACAGGUAUCGGAAAAGCUACGAGGAUGCAGAGGAGAUACAGAGGAGAUUCGGAAUCUUCUCGGAGAAUUUGAGGAUGAUCAGAUCUCACAACAAAAAAGGACUAUCCUACACUAUGGGAGUUAAUGAGUUCACUGACAUGACAUGGGAGGAGUUUCGUAAGCAUAUGUUAGGUGCCGCUCAAAAUUGCUCUGCUACCACUAAAGGCAAUCAUAAGCUCACCGAUGUCGCCCUUCCAGAAUCGAAAGACUGGAGGGAAACCGAUAUUGUGAGCCCGGUGAAAAAUCAAGGUCAUUGUGGAUCUUGCUGGACAUUCAGCACAACUGGAGCAUUAGAAGCAGCUUACGCACAAGCAUUCGGUAAGGGUAUAUCUCUGUCUGAACAGCAGCUCGUUGAUUGUGCUGGAGCUUUCAACAACUUUGGCUGCAAUGGUGGCUUGCCCUCACAAGCCUACGAAUACAUCAAAUUUAACGGCGGGCUCGAUACAGAGGAUGCAUAUCCAUAUACUGCAAAGAACGGUGAAUGCAAAUAUUCGUCUGAGAAUGUUGGUGUGCGAGUACUUGACUCUGUCAAUAUCACCAUGGGUGCUGAAGAUGAACUCAAGCAUGCGGUAGCAUUUGCUCGGCCUGUGAGUGUGGCUUUCGAGGUGGUUAGUGGAUUUCGAGCGUACAAAAGUGGGGUCUACACCAGCACUACUUGUGGAAACUCUCCAAUGGAUGUAAAUCAUGCUGUUCUUGCCGUUGGUUAUGGAGUGGAAAACGGAGUACCGUAUUGGCUGAUCAAGAAUUCGUGGGGGGCUGAUUGGGGUGACAGUGGGUAUUUCAAAAUGGAGAUGGGCAAGAACAUGUGUGGUGUUUCGACAUGUGCAUCGUACCCUGUAGUUGCAUAGGUGUCGAUUAUCUUGAAGAAAAAAUAAGCGAGUCUGUACGAGGAAUUAAUAAAUGGUGAGAAGCCCCAUCGUUCGAGUUCCAAACGCACCAGUUGUAUAGGAUUGAUUAUCUCUGCAAGAGGCAUGUUUAUAUUCAAGUUUAAUUUAAAAGGUGAUAUAUACUGUGCAUGAGAAUUUAUGUACACCUUAAAAAGAAUUUGUAAAUUAGCUUAUGAUGAUUUAUGUAUGAUGUUAUUUACUGGAAAACAGAAUAUGAAAAUAAACGAAUAUAUUAUGCACGUGCAUUCUAAUUUUCAACGAA